AUGGCGGAAAGGGGUCCCGGAGAUGAGGCCUCGGCUUCCGAGCAGGAUCUCCUUGCGGAGGAAGUGCUCUUCGUGAUCCUUUCCGUCGCCUUGCUGGUGGUGUGCUCUGUUGUCGCCUGGCAAUUGGCGCAGCUUUACCGGCUGCUUCUGCAAGAGCGCAGCGUGAGGCAAUUUCGGCCCCGUGCUGGCUUGGGUUUGCCUGCUGCUGACUUGCAGAGCCUGCUUGCAGAGCCCGCGCCGGACGCCAGCGAGUGCUGCGUUUGCCUGCAAGAGAUCGAGGAAAGCACACCGUCCCUUCGCUUGCAGUGCUGCUCGCACAUUUAUCAUCACAGCUGUAUUGUGGAAUGGCUUAGAGUCGUUGCGAGUUGCCCUAUGUGUCGGCAGCACGUGGGCAGUCAAAGCGAGGCAGCAGAUGUAGGGCCUUGA